GAAUUUUUUUUUAAAUGUAUCGUUUUACACAUUUACAAUCUGCAUUUAAUGUCUUCUUUGUAACUUUUACAUUGAGGACCGGAUUGGACCCUCUGGAGGGCCGGUUUUGGCCCGCGGGCCACAUGUUUGACACCCCUUAAAUAUGAUUACACCACAUGGAUAAACCUGACAAUCACAAACCACCACAGCCAGUCACUUCAAAUGAUUCACAAGUUGGAGGUAAAUCUGCAAACUUUCCUCUGAGCAGAGGAUUAAGCAGCUCCUCUCCAUUCAGAGUUGCUGCUGCUGAAUGCCCUGCAGGCAGCAUUGCUGAUCCUACAAGCCGGCCUUAAGCCUCGCUAAUUAGACUGUAAACUAGCCGCGUUAUUGCCAACAAAGACGUCUUGGGACGCGAUUCCAUUGUCUCGGAGGUAAUCGUCACCUUUUCUCAGUGAAAUCCGCCGCGGAUUGUGUGCGUGCAACAGGAGGGAGGAUUAAAGAUGAAACAAAUGGUGAGGCAAGGCAGCGAGCAGACCGGAGGCGGGGCCGACGACACCCACAAUUAAAGAUGAACUUUGUGUGAACUAAUUUAUCUGAGGGAGGAGAAGGUAACAGGCUGCCGGGCGCCUAUAAAUGCGCCGGAUGAGCAGCUCGGAGCCUCAGUCCGCUGACGGAGCUCCACCACACCGGCACCAUGCCCCUGAGCAACCUGCUGGCCACCUUCCUGUGCACCACCUUCGUGCUGCCCGUCCUGCUGUUCCUGGUGGCGGUGAAGCUGUGGGAGGUUUACCUAGUCCGCGGCAGAGACCCCGGCUGCCCCAGCCCGCUGCCCCCCGGCUCCAUGGGGAUGCCCUUCAUCGGAGAGACGCUGCAGCUCAUCCUGCAGAGGAGAAAGUUCCUGCGGAUGAAGCGGCAGAAAUACGGUUGCAUCUACCGAACGCACCUCUUCGGGAACCCCACGGUGCGCGUGACCGGCGCGGACAACGUCAGGCAGAUCCUGCUGGGGGAACACAGGCUCGUGUCCGUGCAGUGGCCCGCGUCUGUGCGCACCAUCCUGGGCUCGGACACGCUCUCCAACAUGCACGGAGCGCAGCACAGGACCAAGAAGAAGGCCAUCAUGCGGGCCUUCUCCAGGGAAGCUCUGGAGCUCUACAUCCCGGUCAUCCAGGAGGAGGUGCAGGCAGCAGUGAAGGAGUGGCUGGCCAAAGAAUCCUGUGUGUUGGUUUACCCGGAGAUGAAGCGGCUGAUGUUCCGCAUAGCCAUGAGGAUUCUGUUGGGCUUCGAGCCAGAGCAGAUCAGGACUGACGAGCAGCAGCUGGUGGAGGCUUUCGAGGAAAUGAUCAAGAAUCUGUUCUCCCUGCCCAUUGAUGUGCCUUUCAGUGGACUGUACAGGGGUCUGAAGGCGAGGAACUUCAUCCACUCCAAGAUAGAGGAGAACAUCAGGAAGAAGGUGCAAGACUCGGACAAAGAGUCAAAAUACAGAGAUGCCCUACAGCAGCUCAUUGACAGCAGCAAGAAGAACGGAGAGCCGUUUAGCAUGCAGGCCAUCAAGGAGUCUGCGACAGAGCUGCUGUUUGGGGGUCAUGAAACCACAGCCAGCACAGCCACCUCUCUGGUUAUGUUCCUGGGCCUAAACCCUGAAGUAGUGGACAGACUGAGGCAGGAGCUAAAGGACAAGGAGGAGCAGGGGAUGGACCUCCAGAGUCUGAACAUCGAGUCUUUGGAGCAUUUGAAAUACACCGGCUGUGUCAUUAAGGAGACACUGAGGAUCAACCCUCCUGUCCCUGGAGGCUUCAGAGUGGCCCUGAAGACCUUCGAACUCAAUGGUUACCAGAUUCCCAAAGGCUGGAAUGUUAUCUACAGCAUCUGUGACACCCAUGAUGUGGCAGAGAUCUUCCCCAACAAAGAAGACUUCCAGCCCGAGCGCUUCAUGACCAAACCCUCUGCAGAUUCCUCCAGGUUCCAGUACAUCCCGUUCGGUGGAGGCUCCAGGAUGUGUGUGGGGAAGGAAUUUGCCAAGGUUCUGCUCAAGAUCUUCCUAGUAGAAGUCGUCACAAAGUGCCACUGGACCCUUUUAAACGGGCCGCCUGCCAUGAAAACUGGACCUACUGUCUAUCCUGUGGACAACCUGCCAACCAAGUUUACCAGCUAUGCACCAAACUCAGAGAGUUUUGAAAAGUGAUUGCGCUUUUUAAAGGCAUUGUAGAAUGAAAUUUGAGGUUAUUCCUAAAGGUCUCAAAUCCGACGCUUGAGGAGAUUUUGGAUUACUGUUGCUCCGUGAAAACUGAUCAUUGGCCACAUGAACAGAAAAUACGUUCUUCCUGGGCUCGUGUCAGUGUGGUAUUUUUUGGGCAUGAGCUGUACAUACUGUAUAUUGCUUUAGAACACAUUUACAUUUUAUAUUAUGAUGUUAAUACAUUGCAUUUGUACAUAUUUUUCUUGAGAUAUGAACAGAUUUAACAAGAGGCACUGUACACUUACAUGGCACACUUUAAUCAGCUCAGAGGUGUAUCUAAAGGAUUCUGUACAUAUGUAAUGUAGAGUCUGUUUAUAUAACUUUUCUAUCUUACCACAACUUAUUUAAGUGACUUAUAUUGUAUGGCCGUUAUUUAAUAAAAUUGUUGUGCGGAGA